GUGCCGCGUGCGCGUUCGUGAAAAUUUAAAGAGCACUCGAAAGAAGGUGGGAAUUAUUUGAGCAAUCCACAAGUAAACAGUCGACAGAGAGGUUCUUUAAGCGCUGCGAGAAUGUCGAGACCGCCGCAACAGUUCGGCCCCCGAUGCUGGGUGAUGCCGCUCCUGGGAUUAUACCUUCUCAGCCACGGCCUCCGUUGCGAUGCACGUGCGGUGAACGUGAGCAACACUUGGACCAUGCCACAAGAGGGCCUGAAUGUCUUCUAUCGCUUUUUCCGCGAUCGCAUCUCCUGGUUCGAGGCAGAUGCCGUCUGCCAGUUUCAUCAUGCCAAUCUGGUGACAGUCGACAACAGUUUUCAAUUCGAUGCAACGCGCGACCUGCUGAGGGAAUUGGAUGUGAACGACAUCGUUUGGAUUGGUCUCAUGCGACCGCAGAACUCGGAUCGUUUUAUGUGGUCGAACUCGCGUCCUCUGGUGGCCGACACUGGUUACUGGGCCGAGUCGUUGCCACUGAUGGAUGCCCCGCUUUGCGCCGUUAUUGACCCCAUACGCGAUUACCGUUGGCACGCUCUGCGCUGCGGUGGCCCCGAAACGGCUUCCUUCCUGUGCGAGAUGCCAGUACCCAGCUGGGCGGACGCUUGCAUUCUGAAGGACAUGCCCAACCUGACCAUGCAGUACAUGGCGGACACGGCCAGCAUAGAGCUUAUCCGUAACUGCCAGGAGGAGGGCCUUCUGAGACACACCUGCAAAGGAAAGGAGGAUCGUGAUCGGGCCGUCCGGAAGCUGAUCUGUCCUAAGGAGCGACUGGAGGCGCAGCGCAUCAACGAUAUAACCAACUCGCACUUCAAGUCGCUGCAGAUUAUCAACAACAUCCGGACGGAUAACAACGAGAACAACGACAUCGAUCUGCUGCCCAAUUACAACGGACGCAGAGGCAUGGCCAUCAACAUUGAGGUGGCGCCGCCUCUGGUGCCCCUGGUGCCGACUCUGCCCCCAUUCCCGCUGAACGAGCGGUUCGGUCUGGCCGAGUUCAUGCAGGCCGAUGCCCCCGGCUCCGUAUCCCUCUCCGGACUCUACCGCAUACCAGAUGAGAUCCCCAAGCCGGUGAAAAAAUCCGCCAAGAAGGCCAACACCCCGGAGUUUAUUCCGAAGAUACAGCAACAACUGCAGAAACAGAAGCCGACGACCAGCAAGAGGCUGCUGGAAGAGAUGAUGAUGGGCGACCAGCCGGCUCUCAGUGAGGAGCAGCUGCCACCAAACAUAGCCGAUGCAAUGGACGAGAGCAACAGUGAUGCGUCAAACGAGAUAUUUCAACACUUGCCUCACAAGAAGAAGAUCCUUCCGCAGGACCUGAGGACCAUGCCGCCCAUAGUCGAAGCGGCAGUAACGACAACCACUGAAGCUCAAACGGCUGGAACAUCACGGACCGCCGCAAUGGCCGUCGACACCACGAUGACUCAAGCCCCUAUAACAACUCCCACACUUGGAACAACGACCAAAACUACAACAACCACAACAACAACAACCACUGAGCUGCCAACAACCACUACAAAAACAACUGAAGUGCCAACAAGUUCAACAACAACAACAACAGCGACAACUGACAGCCCGUCAUCGAUGGGAACGACAUCAAUGGUGCCGCCCGGCAACAACCUGGGCCAUCCCAUACAUCCAGUGCAACAACAGCAGCACACGCACCAGCAGACUCCGCACAGUGGAGACGAUGGCUCCACAUUGCAGCAGCUGCCACCGUUGCAUGCUACACACGUCAAGGAGUCCGCGGACAACUCGCACUUCAUUCCGCCCAUGCUGCUGGUGAAGUCGCACUAUGUGCCACCAACCAGACAUGGGAACCAGGAGCAUGUCGAUCACAGCGACCAUAAACCAGUACAUGGCACCACAGCGGCAACAUCCCCAACAACACCAGCGCCGACAACAAAAGCACCCGUAAAGGAGGAGCAGGAGGAGAAGGAGCAGCCGUCAACAAUCAUGUCAUUAACGGGGCUCACAGCAGCAACAGCAGCAACAGCAGACACAGACGCAGUGGCAACAUCUACAGUGGCAGCCACAGCAACAGCAACGCCAGCAGGUAUACCAGACAGUGUGCAGGUGACAACAGCAAGUCAAGUCAAGUCGCAAAGUGUGGCAGUGGAUGGAGUCGGGACAGGCGUGAAAGUAGCUAAAGACACCACCAAACAGGAGAUUUUCGCAAUACCAACAACAGUAACAAAGGCAGCAAAAGCAACGGCAACAACAACAACAACAACAACACGUGCAGCAGAAAAUGAAAACGAUGUAAAGCCAACCGCAGCAAAUAUAUACAACUUGAAUGCAACAGCUGCUGCCACAACAGCGACAAAUACAGUUGCACCAACAACUGCUAGGGAAACACCAACCGACGCAUCUGCAGCAACCUCAACAACACCAAUGGCUGCACGAACAACACCAAUAGCUACACCAAUAGCUACACCAAGAGCAACACCAAAAGCAACCCCAACAACACCAAUGGCAGCAUCAACAACUCCAAAUGAAGCAAUAACUUCCACUUCACGGAUAACUACACCAAAAAUUUCAGCUAGACCAACAUCAAAGCCAAACACAGUUGCAGCAAAGGAUGGGGCUGAAAUGUCAGCCGGAAAGGGCGCUAAGAAGAAUGUAGAAGAUAGAGAGAAAGAGAAAGAUAUCAAUGACGGUGAGAAGGAUGGGGCAGAGGAAGAGGCAGCCACAACAAGACACAACUUCCUGGAGGAGGAAACUGAGGCGCCAUUCAAGCCCAAUCGACGACGCUCGCUGACAAAGCCGGAAACUGUUAGCUAUUUCAAGAAGAUCCUGGGAUAGAGCAGAGGCAGAGACAGAGGCAGAGGCAGAGUAAGGGGCAUCGGCAACGGCAUCGGCAGAAGCAUCAGCCUCAACAGCAUCCAUAGCAGCAGCAGCAGCAGCAGUAGCAGUAGCACUCCCCAGUAACCGUAAUCGUAGCCUUAACAGUAACUGUUAACACCCAUUUCCGCCACUCACACACACACACGCGAGUGCGCGCACAUACACACAAACAAAAUAGGAAAAAACUGUUCCCCAAGCACCAUUGAUACCGUUAGCAAAGUUCUCUCCAUUCCGAAGCAACUUUAACCUAAGAAACCGAAGAACUGUGCAUGUAAUUGGUCUUCAAAAUGACAGAAGGAGAUGGAGAGAAGGAAAAGAAAAGUGAGUGAGGGGGCGAGAGAGAGAGCUAGCUCGAGUUCCGAGUGUCAGUAAAUUGAAUCAGUUGGCACGACCCCAAUUCGAUCCGCUCCCCUCCAAGCAAUUGCAUUCCAAGCCAUUUUUCCCUUCCCUGACUCAACCUCAACCCAACAAUCACCCACAUCCACAUCAUCAUCAUCCAUAUCCACAUUCCGGCCAAAGUUUUUCUGUGUUUGUUGUGUUCUGUCUUAGCCAGAAAAUGCCGGAAAUCCAAGCUGUUAGUCAACGCCAAGCGGAUACGAAAAGCAGCCAAAAUAAAACUUAGCUCAGUCUUCAGUUCGGUUCGAGUUGCUGGCAGUCGACGAUUCCAGUUGGCAGCACCAAAUAUGUCAAUUUUUCACCGGAAGGAGCACCAAACAAAUAUAAACACGCGCACAAACAAACAACACACCACCACACACACACACACAAACAGUCAGAGACACAGAGAAAGCAGAGAGAUAGAUAUAGAAUAGAAAUACCAGGAUAAAGGGAAAGGGACAGUGGAUUUAAGGAAAGCCCCACAAAAAUGAAUAAAAGAAACAAUGGAAAGUGCUGGAAAUGGAAGCCACAGAGAAGCUGAAGCAGCUGCAACCGAUGCAACAGAAAACUGGCUAGAAAGAGAUGGCGAGCCACACACAGAAAGAGAUAGUGUGCACAGCAAAGGCCAAAUCUAAAGUACUAUAAAAACAAACAGAAAAUAUAAAAACAAAAAAAAAUGAAAAAAAAAAAACAAAACAUAAAUGUGUGUUUACAAACAGUAUACAUAAGGGCUCUGUUUUUCGGAUUUCGGUCUACUUUGUGCGACAGGGAGAGCAGAUACUCGUACUGGCAGAAAGAGAUGGAACGGAUGGUCAAAGAAAAAAGAGAUGUAAUUGCCUGCUGAAGAGACUGACAGAUCGGUACACGAGUGUGAGCGUGAGUGCGAGUGUGAGGGGGAGAGUGUAGAGAACUCUGAAGCAAUUACAGAGCUCCAACUUUCCUCUUUUCACGUUUUCCAUUGGCUUGCGCGCACUUGAGCGGGCCUUACGACGUUUUCCUUUCACUCUCUUCCAACUAAAUGUACUUUUCACGGUUUUCACUGCUUGCAUUUCGGAUGCAGUUUUACUUUCAACCGUAUAUCCACAAUAUGAAUGAUUUUUAAAAUUUUUAUGUAUAAUUUUCUUUUUAAAAUUUCUUUUAUGUUCAUGAUAUUAUUACUUUAUUUAUUUUUAUUUGCAUUUCCAUUUGCAUUGGUUAAUAUUUAUAUCAUUUUUCUGAAGCCUAAAUAAAAAGUAUCUUAUUCUUUUCACUUAUCUUUGGCUUACUAAAAUUUACAAAAACUUUUAAAAUGAUAUUCAUUUGGGGCAUUUUCCCAAUAUUAUCAUAAACAGAGUCUGAUUACUGGCCGCGUUUUGUAGACCCUAGGUACAUUGAAAAGUAAUAUCGAUUUGUUCAUACAACAUAUUUUUUUAGAUAAUUCUUAAAUAAAGGUUAAGGAACCAUUUUUCCGAAUCUGAUGUAGAAUAGAAUGAAAGAUUUUAUUAACGAUAUAGCCAUAAGAAAAAGCUUUCCUUCAGCUCUCUUUGGUUUCUUGACGACACUUGAAUGAAAGUUCUACCACAGCAUUGCAUGCGAUCGGAAUCCAUUUCCUUUCGCCAAGUACACCGAAAUCCGAGACAAAAGCCGCUAAGCAAAUUACAUAUUUAACUAUAAAUUAUAAAAAAAUAUGACAUAGAUCACAUUUUUUUUUUGUGCGUGGUAAUAGCCAAAUACAAUUUGUGUAAGUGAUGGUGACAGGCGGCAAAGCGCUUGUCUUUUGGGAAUUUUGAGAAAAUUUAUCCGAAGUAUUGCGACAAAUUGGCAAAUGAUGAGAGCAAAGUCGAGCAGAGAAAAGCAAAGAACACUUAAGAUUAAGCUAAAAUUUAACGAAAAGAACAGAAAACCCAAAGUGGAGGGCGCUGAGUCCCCUUCCCCGUGCCCGUCCUCACAAUGAGAUGGCAAAUUAACGAGAACGCAUUUGAUGUAGAGAAAUAUUUCUAGGUACUUGAGAGUAACGGGCCGCAAAUGCCCAGAGAAGCGGAUUAACACAAAAAUCUGUUGGGGUCGUCGUCGUCCUGGGUCCGUUUUGAUGUUGCAGCUGGAAGUUGGGUAAGAAGAAGGACACAGGACGCAGGGUGAGUCAGGACGACAGAAAAUAUCCAGUAAAUAGUAUAAAUAUAAACCAAGUAAUGAAUUAUGAAUAAAAAGAACCCCAUUCACGAAAU